AUCAAAUCGGACAAAAUCUUUACAGGGGAGGUGAUUUACAAGCUAGAGGGAGCGGGGGUGGACCAGGAGCCCAAAAAUCUGUUUGAAAUUGAUGAUAUAACAGGAGUCAUCAGGAGCAAGCGGCCGCUGGACCGAGAGACUUACAACAGCUUCACGCUGAAAGCCUUUGCACUGUCUCCCAGUGGAGAGAGACUAGAGAAUCCGUCCACCAUAGAGAUCGUGGUGCUGGAUCAGAACGACAACAGACCCGUCUUCACCCAGAAAGAAUUCAGCGGCACUGUCCCUGAAUUCUCCGUCCCAGGCACCUUGGUGAUGUCAGUGACCGCCACUGAUAAAGAUGACCCUAUGACAGAAAACGCUUACCUGAGCUACUCUAUCAUUGGCCAGGAGAGCUUUCCUGCCAACGCUGUAGACAAAACAAUGUUUGGUAUCAACAACGAGACAGGAGCCAUUUACACAAGAGACGUAGGCCUGGACCUGGAGGUGGUAAAAAGUUUCAGGUUGAAACUGCAGGUUGCUGAUAUGGGAGGCAUGGGAUUAGCGAGUGAAAGUGUGGCGAUCAUACAUGUCACUGAUAUCAACAACCACGCCCCACAGUUCAGCCCUGCCACUUACAGCAUGCUAUCAGUGGAGAACAGGAAGGACAAUGAGAUCGGCCGGGUGAACGUGACAGACAGAGAUGAUCGUGGAACAGCAAACUGGGAGGCCAAGUACUUUAUUUCCAAUGACCCUGAAGGCAACUUUGCCAUCACUACGGAUCCUGCAACCAACGAAGGAGUUCUGACCGUGGUGAAGCCUCUGGAUUAUGAAGCACAGCAUGAGCACGUCUUAUUGCUGAAGGUGGAAAAUGUCAAUCCUCUGAGCAUCAAGGCUCCCAGCGUCCCAGUGAGCGGCGCUUCAGUGUUUGUAACGGUGGUGAACGAGAAUGAAGCUCCACGUUUCAGGGAGGACCCCAUACAGCUGGUUGUCCCUGAGUCUGUGGUCCCUGGGACUUUACUGACCAGCCACAUCGCCUCGGACCCUGAUAAUUCUGACCUGAGGUAUGAGAUUAGUCGAGAUCCUGAGAAGUGGCUGGACAUCGACAGAGAUACAGGCGAAAUCUAUGCCAAGAGAACGUUCAACAUGCGAUCUCCAAAUGUUAAAAACAAUAUCUACAAUGUUAUUGUCAAAGUUACAGAUGCUGGUGGUGUGUCAACCACUGCCACCGUGGCCAUCACACUGAAGGAGACCAACGACUUCCCCCCCCAGCUCUUCCCCCUGAGCGGCUCUGUGUGCAGGGACACGGGCCGCGGCAGUUCUGGUCUGGUUGUGACGGCUGUGGAUGAAGACUUUCCUCCACACGCUGCACCCUUCAGCUUUGAGAUGCCCGACGAUGAUCUGUCAAUCAACUGGACUGUUGUUCAAGUCAACGAUACCCAUGCGGUGCUUCAGCUCGUGGACCUGGAGGCAGGAGAGUACGUGGUCACAGUGUUUGUGUCGGACUCUGGCAGCCCAGUGCUGAGCGCGUAUUCUCAGGUCAAUGUGACCGUAUGUCGCU